AUGUUUCUGCCAGGAGAGUUUAAUUGGAGGAUCUGGGUCUGGGCCGACUUGACCAUGGGAGCCAACACUUCAAGCAAACCACCAGUGUUUGAUGAAAAUGAAGAUGUUAACUUUGACCACUUCGAGAUUUUGCGUGCCAUUGGGAAAGGCAGUUUUGGGAAGGUCUGCAUCGUGCAGAAGAACGAUACCAAGAAGAUGUACGCAAUGAAGUACAUGAACAAACAGAAGUGCGUGGAGCGCAACGAAGUGAGGAAUGUCUUCAAGGAACUCCAGAUCAUGCAAGGUCUGGAGCACCCCUUCCUGGUUAAUUUGUGGUACUCCUUCCAAGAUGAGGAGGAUAUGUUCAUGGUAGUGGACCUCCUGCUGGGCGGGGACCUGCGUUACCACCUGCAGCAGAAUGUCCGUUUCCAGGAAGACACCGUGAAACUCUUCAUCUGUGAGCUAGCCAUGGCCUUGGACUACCUGCAGAGCCAGCGUAUCAUCCACAGGGAUAUGAAGCCUGACAAUAUUUUGCUUGAUGAACAUGGGCACGUGCACAUCACGGACUUCAACAUCGCCGCCAUGCUGCACGGGGAGAUGCGACUCACCACCGUAGCGGGCACCAAGCCUUACAUGGCACCUGAGAUGUUCGACCCCAGAAGAGAAGCCGGCUAUUCCUUUGCUGUGGACUGGUGGUCCCUGGGAGUGACGGCGUAUGAGCUCCUGAGAGGCCGGAGACCAUACCAUAUUCGCUCCAGUACCUCCAGCAAGGAAAUCGCACACAUGUUUGAGACAGCUAUCGUGACUUAUCCCUCUGCCUGGUCACAGGAAAUGGUGUCACUACUCAAGAAGCUACUUGAGCCUAAUCCAGAUCAGCGAUUUUCUCACUUGUCUGACGUUCAGAACUUUCCGUAUAUGAAUGACAUGAACUGGGAUGCGGUUCUGCAGAAGAGGCUCAUUCCAGGUUUUAUUCCUAACAAAGGCAGGCUGAAUUGUGACCCCACCUUCGAACUUGAAGAAAUGAUUCUGGAGUCCAAACCUCUUCACAAGAAAAAGAAGCGUCUGGCAAAGAAGGAGAAGGAGAUGAGGAAAUGUGAUUCCUCUCAGAAGACGUGCCUUCUUCAAGAGCAUCUGGAGUCUGUCCAGAAGGAGUUCAUCAUUUUCAACAGAGAAAAAGUAAAAAGGGACUUUAAUAGAAGACCGGCUAAUCUAGCCUUGGAACAAACCAAAGACCCCCAAGAGGAGAAUGGUCAGAAUAAGAAGUGA